GCUAAUAUUUGACGGCUGUUCGCUGUGGAAUACUUAAAUGACCCUCGAUAUAAAUAUUUUCAUUAUAAUAGACGAUUUAAUGUCAGUUAGGCAUUUAAAGUAAUUCCAUAAUAAUUUUUCAGUAUAUUGUAUUAUUAUAUUCGUUUAAAUUAAUUUAGCUUUGAAAAUUUUUAUUUUUUUGUAUAUUAAGAUGGGUGGUUCGGCUAGUAAAACUAGAACAUUAGAAAUUGAUAAUCCUAAUGUCAUAAAUUUAUCCGAUAAAGUUGUUGAAAGACUUCGAGGCCAAGCUGAAGUAGUGAACUCGGUAACCCAUAACGUUCCAACUUAUCAUGUUAAACCUUCAACACUAGAAGUACAAAAAUCAGUUCAAGAAGCUUUGGAAGAAAAUGAUAAAAGGUGGCAAUGUCGUUUCCAUCAUGUGCAAGAUGAACAAAAUGCACUGAGUCGCAAAGUAGAAAACGAAUAUAAAAGAACUUAUGCUUCUGUUAAACAACUUUUGCCUGAUAUUGGAAAUGGAGAAAUUAACCAAUCUAUUCAAGAAAAAGAAAAAAGCCUAAUUUCAUGUCUAGCUGAGAACAAAGGGUAUCCACUAAAUUGUAGUGAAAUUGUUAAGGAGUAUAAAAAGACUUUGUUUCAGUCUGUAAAUAGUCAAAAACUUUAAAUAGUUGUAUUUUAGCUCUUAAAAAUAUUCAAUGAAAUGUGAAAUGCUAAUUGUAUAUUUGAAUUAUAUGCUUUGAAAAUGUAUAAGUAGUAUUAUUUUGUUAAAUAAGAUGCUAUUUUGUUAAUCAAUGCUACUAAUGAAAAU